CACUAUAUAAAUCCUCAUUUUUCAUUUCGAAGAUUAGGGUUUUCGUCUUCGGUGUUGGUGCUGUUGCUGCUCGUGUCCCUCCAUAACCUCCGAGCUCAACACACAAGGACCAAGCAGCCAUGGGGAAGACACAUGGAAUGGGAGCUGCUCGCAAGCUGAAGUCUCACCGCAGGAGGCAAAGGUGGGCUGACAAGUCAUACAAGAAGUCUCAUCUUGGGAAUGAGUGGAAGAAACCUUUUGCUGGUUCUUCCCACGCAAAGGGAAUUGUCCUCGAAAAGAUUGGUAUUGAGGCUAAACAGCCCAAUUCAGCUAUUCGUAAGUGUGCCAGGGUACAACUAAUCAAGAAUGGAAAGAAAAUUGCUGCCUUUGUUCCUAAUGAUGGUUGUUUAAACUACAUCGAAGAAAAUGAUGAAGUUUUGAUUGCUGGAUUUGGAAGAAAGGGUCAUGCUGUGGGAGAUAUUCCUGGAGUUAGAUUCAAGGUUGUGAAGGUUUCUGGGGUGUCUCUUCUUGCUCUUUUCAAGGAGAAGAAAGAGAAGCCAAGAUCUUAGAUUUGUGAAAUGAGUUUUUGUUUUUAGAUUCCCUAAAUUAUGUUUAGUUUUGCUUCCUUUUGAAUGGGUUUUACAGACAGUUUUGUAUCUUGUUAUUUUGUGGAACUUCAUUUUUUCACUCUUAGGAGCAUUUAUUACCUUGCCAGCAUUGACUUGUAUUGUUGACUGGUUUACACAUUUACUGGGUUGUGAUUCAAGAAUGAAAUUUUAAGAAUUACGUUACAA